AUGUCUUCGUUUACCUUUUUCCUGUUCUGUGCACAAGUGUAUUUGAUUCAGAAUGCAUACUGCCAGUGUUUGGACACCGGACGUGGCUUAGGGUAUGCUCCGGCUAUUAUCGCUGAAAAUGAGCUCGGUUGCGGAGCCGCUCUUGCGGCGGAUAUAGCGUACGGUCCUGGCUUUAAUCCUGGCAUUGGAUACGGAUUUGGAUACGGUCUCACUGGCCCAGCUGCUCUGUCUGGUCCCGCUGUGUAUGGUGCAGGCCCAGCUUAUGGCGGCGCUGGUAUAGGAGACGUAGCGGUCACUGGCGAGAUGCCAGUCGUCGGUACUUCUCUUGUCGCAGGUCAGGUGCCCAUCCUUGGUGCCGUGCGGUUCGGAGGUGAUGUUCCUGCUGGUGGUGUGGUGUCCAUCACCGGAAGAUGCGGCUGCGGUUGCGAUUGUAACGGACCCUAUGGGUACUGA